ACAGUGAAUUUUUCUGAAAUCCUUGAUGUUAUUUGUAAUUUUGUGCCUAAUGGUUCUAGGAUGAAUGAUGAAGAUUUGCUAAAGAAUGUUGCAAUUCGUUUACCUUUGUUAACAGCAGAAAACAUUGAACUGACUUGCAAAUUAUCUGAACUGGUUAAAAGAUUAGAAUCUAUGGAUGAGCGGCACAGGAAACAAUCAAGGGCAUUGAAAAUUAGAAAUGCAAUAAUUAAAAAUU